CCAACUUUUCGCUUCGCGAGCCGGUCAGGACGAUUAUCCUUUGCUUACAAAUUCAAUCCACACGCCAUGAGUAAUGAUAAAAGAAAAGAAUUAGGGUAGUUGAUAAUGAUUAUUAAUGAACAUUGAAGUAAUCUCAAGCCCCCUUCGAUAAAGAGAUGUCGACGAGUACGAGCACUUACCUUCUUUAAAAAGGACGUCCUGGCAAAAGGGUUAUCGACAUUCCACAUCGCCGCCAUGUCACCACCACUCUCCUCGCCCAUGCGAAUCGGCAAUUCGGAGCUGAAGCACCGUGUUGUCAUGGCACCCUUGACCCGAUACCGUGCCGAUGAGAACCACGUCCCUCUGGAAAUGGUCGUGGAGUACUACGCACAACGGGCUUCAGUUCCUGGAACUUUAAUCAUCACCGAAGCCACAUUCAUAGCACCAGAAGCGGGCGGCUUCUCCUGUGCGCCAGGUAUAUAUAACGAUGCUCAAGUGCAGGCGUGGCAGAAGGUCACACAAGCCGUCCAUGCACAGGGCAGCUUUAUCUAUUGUCAGCUUUGGGCUCUUGGUCGCGCAGCAAAGGCUGAUAUUCUCAACGCCGAAGGAUACAAGGUUGUGUCUAGCAGCAACAUCGCGAUGGCCAAGGACGCAGCAGUUCCCGAGCCACUAGACGAGGACAGCAUCCAGGCUUUUAUUGGCUACUACGCCAGCGCUGCCAGACGGGCCAUCGAAGCUGGCUUCGACGGCGUUGAAAUCCACGGCGCUAAUGGGUACCUGGUCGACCAAUUCUUGCAGGACAAGUGUAACAACCGCACUGAUGGGUGGGGCGGCAGCAUCGAAAAGCGCGCGCGCUUCGGCAUCGAAGUAGCUGCUGCGGUGUCCGCAGCCAUAGGAUCGCAACGAGUGGGCUACAGAGUAAGCCCCUAUAGCCCCUUUCAGGGCAUGAAGAUGGACGACCCAGUGCCGCAAUUCUCGUAUCUGGCUACGGCGCUAAAGAAACUCGACAUUGCUUACCUGCAUGUUGUGGAAUCGCGCAUCUCAGGCGCGGGCGACAUCGAGGGUACCGAACAGGUGGACUGGCUGAUUGACCUCUGGGGAAGCGGCAAUGCCAUCAUCCUCGCGGGUGGCUUCACCUCGGAGUCAGCAAAUGAGGCCAUUAGCAAACACAUUGACAAGAAGAUCGCGAUUGCCUUUGGUCGCAAUUUCCUCGCCAACCCUGAUCUGCCGUUUCGGAUUGCGGAGAAGCUGAAGCUGAAUAGCUACAACCGGGCCACGUUCUACGUAGAGCAGUCCCCUAUAGGAUAUACCGACUACCCUUUUAGUCCGGAGUUCAAGAGUGCCGGUGCGGCAUAGAAUGAAUAGUUUUGGGAAAGCCACAUAUUAAGUUUCUGUGAAGGUAUGAGAACUUGUAGACACCCUUAGAAAACGAAAUACCUCUGCCUUCUUGUUAUAGGGAUCUUAUAUACGAGUGGUCCAAUGCCAGAUUGUUUAUAAAUUCAUUAUCAAACACACGUGUUCGUACACUCGAAGGCCAUCUUACUCGGCCCAUAAAACCGAUAGUGGAUGAGCCCUUCUUGGCUCCACGUGGUAUAUAAAGUAUCAUCUGGUCUAUCCUGUCUCGCUUGGUCGCCUAGAAAUAUGUAGUAAACUUAGGACUCCCUCCA